UAAAACCCGCCCUUGUAUCAUUAUUUUGUCUAGGCUGAUGUAUCGUCUAUAGUCCAUAUUAUGUAUUUUGUCUGGAAUCUAAACUAGAUAUUGAUAUCAAAAAUCACUGAUACUAACUAAUUGGUAAGAUGUUGUAAUUAAUCACCACAUCGCUGCGCUCAAAACGUUGCAGGCGACAGUAUUUCAUAGUAUUUGAGAAUAAUCGCUUAUUCUCAUAUUAUAAAAUGAUCACUUUGCAAUAUUCAAAUUUAAUUAGUGCGAAAUUAUGACGCAUGCAAAGAGUAAAACCAAAAAUUGCAAGUAUAUUAUUCAAUAAUGUCUAAAGAACUUCCCAAUCGAGAACCUUUGCCCGGUGAAGGGUUACGUUCACUGAGAACAACUGGUAUAUUUCGGGCUGUAAACUUUGAACUAUAUGCAAAACCUAAUAUGUUUAUAAUGGGUAUUGGAUUAAUUGGAAUCACUAUUAGCUUGGGUUAUAUUGCUUACAUGCGAUCAAAAUAUGAAGGAAUGGGAUAUUACUCAGCAGUUAAAGAAGAUGGAACUGAAAUUUUCACUAAGAAAAAAUCAAAAUGGGAUCAUUAAUGUAAAUUAAAUUUAAUAUUAAUUCAUAUAAAUAUUACCAUAUAGAAAUAUAUUGACAUGAAUGAAAAUAAUUCUAAAAAUUGUUAUUGUUCGACAAUGUUAAUAACAUAACUAUUUUAACGAAGGAUUAAGUGUGUAAUAUGCGCCAUCUGUCAACUAACUGGAUAUAAUGAUAAGAGGAUUAAAAAAAUAUAUAUUUUACAAAA